AGUAUAUUAUGUGGGAAGUUUCAAAACAGAUAGCUACGCAAGUAACGAACAACCAAACAUGUCUCCUUCAUCGCUAUGCUCUCUUCAAACGUUCCCGCCAAUAUCUAACGCUCAGCGCCACAAAGCGGCGCAAGAUAGCACCGCCGGCGUACGGCGGAGAACUCCGUAUGUAGUUUGCGCUGAAAGAAGCAGCAAAGCUUCCACGCGAAGCACAGAUGAUUACCAUGCCACUCUCAAAGCUCUCAAUUCCAAAGGCAGAUUCCCUAGAAAAUCACUUGGCCAGCAUUAUAUGUUGAAUUCCGACAUAAAUGAGCAACUUGCUGGUGCGGCUGGUGUUGAACAAGGUGAUGUGGUGUUGGAAAUUGGGCCCGGAACUGGUUCCUUGACUAAUGUUCUUUUAAAUUCAGGGGCGUUCGUUCUUGCAGUUGAGAAGGAUAAACACAUGGCUGCCCUUGUGAGUGAAAGAUUUUCAAGUACUGGAAAGUUUAAGGUUUUGACUGAGGAUAUUGUCAAAUGUCAUGUGCGCUCUCAUAUGUCAUCAUUGGUUGAUCCAGAAUCUAGAAAUGCAAAAGUGGUUGCCAACAUUCCCUUUAAUAUCAGUACCGAUGUGAUCAAACUACUUCUUCCAAUGGGUGACAUUUUCUCAGAAGUGGUUCUGUUGCUCCAGGAGGAGACAGCCAUGCGCUUGGUAGUGUCAUCACUCCGGACCCCUGAGUAUCGUCCCAUCAAUAUAUUUGUUAAUUUCUACUCAGAUCCAGAGUACAAACUUAAAGUCCCAAGAACCAAUUUUUUCCCUCAGCCUAAUGUUGAUGCAGCCGUUGUCUCAUUCAAGCUGAAGCUACCCUCAGAAUAUCCCCAAGUUUCUUCCACUAAAAGUUUCUUCUCAAUGGUUAAUUCAGCAUUCAAUGAGAAGCGUAAGAUGCUGCGCAAGUCACUUCAGCACAUAUGCACAUCCCUUGAGAUCGAAGAAGCUUUAACUAGCAUAGGUCUUCUAGCUACUUCAAGACCUGAGGAACUUACAUUGGAUGAUUUUGUAAAGUUGCAUAAUUUGAUUGCCAAGGAAUAACAAUCUGGAUUAAUGUGGAAUUGUAGAGCAACCUCAAGCAGAAGAAGGCCCUGGAGAUUCACAUAUUCAUGAGGCUCUUUGUUGCCGCAGACAUAUGAUUCAAAUAUAGAAGCAAAGUUUUAAGGAGAGCUGUGCUAUGGCAUUCAGAUUGGGAAUAUAUUAGAUUCCCAGCAGGUUUCUUCUACCAAUGUUUCAAGCACAGGAGCAUGUUCAUAUUAGAAAAACAGUUCGCAGCUCCAAAGCAUUAUGUCCAUUAUGUGAUUAUAAUUAAACUGGACUCCUUGUGCUAAUAUACAACCUGUAAAGUUUCACUGCCAUCAUAGGCAGUGCAACCAGACUGAAUCAAUCACUCUAGACUGUAAAAGAACAGCAAUCUAUUCUUCAAGCUGAUACAGAUGCUUGCUACAUCAUCAUAGAGGGAAAAUGAAGAUAUGUUUUCAUUUUU